GGGCGGCGGGGCUCGGCUACCGAAGCGCUCGGGGCGGCGUCCCAGGGGCUUCCCCGCCGGCCUCCGGCGCGUUUCCCCGUGGGUGUAAGGUAGAAUGGAGACUGAUUGCAAUCCUAUGGAGUUGCCCAAUAAUACGGGUUUUGAAGAGGAUUCUGAUUAUAGAGACUUCGAAGGAACAGAUGUGAAAGAUAUGAGGCUAGAAGCUGAAGCUGUUGUGAAUGAUGUUCUGUUUGCUGUCAGCAACAUGUUUGUCUCAAAAACCCUUCCCUGUGCAGAGGAUGUGGCAUAUAUCAAUGUGGAAACCAGGGAAAGGAACAGAUACUGCCUGGAGCUCACUGAAGCAGGACUCAGGGUAGUAGCUUAUGAUUUUGAUCAGACUGAUGACAGAUUGCAAACUCCAUACCAUGAAACUGUUUACUCCUUAUUGGACUCUCUCAGCCCUGCAUAUCGAGAGGUGUUUGGAAAUGCAUUGCUACAAAGACUAGAAGCUUUGAAGAAAGAUAGUCAGUCAUGAUUUGCACAGAUGUGAGGAAGGUUUAAUUCCAGAAGGAAUUCUUAGUAUGAGGCGCUGAGAUCUUUCUUACAAACAUCUUAAGCUUCAUUUCUUGCAUUAAUAUCUAAUUCAUGCUAGUACUACUCUAUAACAUCUUGCUACAGUGGAUUUGCGUAUAUCACAGUGCUAUUAAAAGCCACUUUGAUAAACAACAAAGUUUCUUAAUUUUACUUUCUUUUUUGUCAUAGGUGAGCAAGUAAGUUGCUUCUUACAACAUUCAGAAAAUUUGUUUUCUCUUCAAAGUGUUAUUAUCCAAAACUCUAAAAGAACAUAGAGAGACUGAGUGUUAUAUAUAUAU